AGCAGCGGGAAUAAAACGCUAGAGGAGAAAAAACUCGAAAAGCGAUCCGAGUCCAUCAAGGCUACUAACCAGGCAGGUCGAGCAGUCGAAAAUGGCGAGAGGGAGAGAUCCAGAUCCCCCAUGUUGCCAGAAGUACGGAGUGCCUCUCUAUGGAGCUGCUUGGGUUCCAGUGAAGGAGGCCCUCAAGCAGAAUCCGAAAGAAGAACCGGAACAGGAUAGCGACAAGGUCACCACCGAUGAAGGAUCAUCGCCUCCUCCGUCAGUUGAUACCACCUCUAAGGGUUAUUUGGUCUGUGCUGGUGGCGGUGGUGAAGGCCACAGCGGGAUCCCUAAUGCUCUCUUGCUCCUAGAUUUCGAUUUCGCUUCGAAUUCCCUCUCCCAAAUCCCGGUGACUAAGCUCAAUACUGGUGAUGAUUUACCUUAUAGAAUGGCUGUCCACCCAGGUGGGGAAGGUGUUAUCUGUUCAUUACCCAAAAGUUGUAGGUGGUUUGAGUGGGAUGCGCCAGAGUGCACAGAAGGCAGCAGAUUGGGUCUAAAAUCUUCUGAAAAAGUGAUUACUCAGUUGGAAGGUAUUGGGCAACAGUUAGCAGUGACAUUUAACCGUGAAGGUUCCUUAAUUGCCAUGGGCGGAGAGGAUGGCUAUUUAAGAGUCUUCAAAUGGCCUAGUAUGGAAGCGAUUCUUGACAAAGCUGAUGCUUAUGCAGCUGUGAAGGAUUUGGGUUUCAGUUUGGAUGAGAAGUUCCUUGUCUCCCUUGGAAAUGGUGGCCCUUGCAGGGUUUGGGAUGUAAAAUCAGCUACAGCUUUAGCUACUUUACCAAAGGAAAAUGAUGAGGUUUUUGGCUUCUGCAGGUUUUCACAAACCACUGAUAAUAAUCAGAUUCUUUAUAUCACUGCAAUGCGAGGUCAAGGAGGAAGUGUCGUCUCUUGGAACACAGAUUCCUGGAAAAGAAUCAGUUCUAAACAAAUAGUCCGCGACCCUAUCUCUGCAUUCAAUGUUUCAGCUGAUGGAAAAUUCCUUGCAAUUGGAACAAUUCAAGGAGACACUUUUAUAAUAAACUCUGCCAAUAUGCGGAUUCACACAGUAGUUAGAAAAGCACAUCUUGGUCUCGUUACUGCAUUGAUGUUCUCCCAAGAUUCCAGGGCUUUGGUCUCUGCAUCCAUGGAUGCAAGUGCAAGGGUGACACUAAUUGAGGACAAGAAAUAUGAAGGAUCGAGCUCUCUGGCCAUUGUUUUCGUUGUUUUACUAGCAAUUCUGGUGUAUCUUCUGAAGAGUCGAGGAGUAAUUCGUUAAUUAGAAUUGGGUCUCUUUUCCGAUGAAAAACAAGAACAGACUUGUUUAGUACUGAACAGGAAAUCAAACCAUAAUCAUCAGAAAAAGCUGUCCAUGGAGACAUUUUGUCAGCAAAGACAAUAAAUGCAGUUUUUUCAGGCUUCUCUGUCUCA